AUAAUAAUUAAUUCUAUCCGACACUUAUUGCCAGACAAACACAAAAUAUAUAUACGCCCCUUUGUGAUUUUGGAAAAAGCUAAUAUGAUCGAAUUAGAUGUGUCUACCUAUAAAAAUCUAUGUAAUGCGAUAAAAAUACUGUAUAAAUAACGAAUCGUUGUCCCUUCAUUUUACAACCUAAUCAAGAUGUGGACCAAAUUACGAAUCGUGGUAUUUCAACUGUGCCUCAUCACUCUGACGCAGGCCACUGAAUACCAGUUUAAAAUUGACGAUGAAGGAGUAUAUCGUCCUUGCGAGAAUCAACCUGGCAAUCCUUCCAACGUAGACGCCCUUCUAGACAUGUCCAAACUGAAAGUAGCUACCCAUGGAGGCGUACUUGAAAUAGAAGGUGAACCUCCUGUCAUUUGGAAAGAUGUCCAGCCUGGGGAUACCAUAACGUUUUUGGGACAAAUUUAUCGCAUGGAGCACAACACUUGGCAGAAAACAAUGUUCUCGGCCAGCAGUAAGAACUUUUGCAGAAACAUGUUCGAGAAGGGACAGCUUUGGUAUCAGUUCUGGACGCAACAUAUCACCAAUUCAGAUGAGAUCAAGACCAAGUGCCUAAACACACCAGGAGCCGUCCUUAAGAUAGAAAAGUACCAGUUGGAAAUGAAGGCAAAUGUGAAUAUACCGAGUUUUGAAGGCCGCUACAAGUUGGUCAUCUUGUUGGAGGCAUUCGACAAGCGCAACACCAAGCGCCCAGUAUCCAUUUGCACCGAGAUCCGCGGCAACAUGGUGAAGGUCUAA